AUGACUAGGUCCGGAAGAUGCUACACUCCUGAUGAGCUUGCUCUCGGAGGGCAAAAGAAAGAUCAUGCCAAGAGACCAAUAAGUGAAGCAGAAGCCGAGGAGUUCUGGAGGAGGAUGCAGCCUAAAGAUUACUCCAUUGUCAAACACUUGGAGAAGACUCCAGCUCAGAUCUCUGUAUGGGCCCUACUGAUGAGCUCCUGGUCCCACAGACAGGCUUUGAUGAAAGCUCUGGAUGACAUGUAUGUGCCCUCAGGUACAAGCAGCGAUAACGUAGCCGCCAUGAUUCAUAAAGUCAUUCGGGGACACCGCAUCAGCUUCUGCGACGAUGAAUUGCCAGCAGAAGGGAGAUCCCAUAACAAAGCUCUACACGUCACUGUGAUAUGCUGCGGAAAGGCCGUCAAUCGUGUUUUGGUGGAUGAUGGAUCUGGUUUGAACAUAUGCCCCUUGUCAACAUUGAAACAGCUGAGGUUUGACCUCGGAAAAUUGGAGCAAAACCAGGUUAAUGUAAGAGCGUUUGAUGGUGUGCAAAGAGAUACAUUAGGGGCGGUGAACUUGACCCUCCAAAUGGGCCCCACGGAGUUCAACGCGAAGUUCCAAGUGUUGGAUAUCGACACCAGCUAUAACCUUCUUCUGGGAAGGCCGUUCAUUCACAUGGCUGGAGCCGUCCCCUCCACUCUUCAUCAAAUGAUGAAGCUGGUAUGGAAAAAUGAGGAGCUAGUUGUUCACGGUGAGAGAAUCCACUCAGGCAAGCAGGUGUCGGUCUUUGACGAGACGCCGCAAGGUUCGGAUUUUUACACGGUGGAGUUGGUAAAUGCCACCGAUGAGGAUUUGGCCCCGCAGACCCCCAUGCCGGCCGUGUACAGAAUGAUCGCCACGGUAAUGCUGCAGAAUGGGUUCGAGCCAGGUUUCGGAUUGGGAAGAAAUUCCCAAGGGAUUAUCGAACCUGUUCCAUUCCUUGCUAAAGGAUCAAAAUAUGGUUUGGGGUACACCCCCACGGAUGACGAUAUGAAGAUGAAGAAGAAAAAGGAUCAAGAGUUGGCUAAACCGAUCCCGCAUCUGUAUCAAUCCUUUCCAGUCCGUGAGUAUGCUGAGCCUGAAGACUGCGGGGAAGGAAUCUGUGACCUUUUCAAGGAGAUCAAUGCUAUCAUCGAGGAGGAGGUCGAGCCAGCUGACAUUCGUGAUGCUGAACCCGGGGAAAUGCUGCAGAAUUGGACUUCCACGCCAAUCCUGAUGUCCCGAACUCUUUGGUAG